UGUUCUCAUUGGCACCCGCGAUUGGUGACGUCACUUGCCAAACAGAAAAGGUAUUCUGAACGUGUGGGGCGAACAUAAUACCCUCGGGCUUGUGAGUGUGUGGUCACAUCGCAUUGCCUGUGCAUUGAAUACAUAUCUCCAGAAGUUAGCAUUGUAAAGAUGGAAAACGAACAAGCAGCAGGCACCAGCCAAGAAGGAGCUACAUGCCCCUUGUGCAGACAGGCCUUCGACCCCGUGCUGCGGCCAUCGAUAACGUUUCAGGUGUCAACGCUCAGGAUCUGCAGACAAUGCUAUAAGGAGCUGAGCCGCCCUGAAAGGUCAGAAAAUGGCGAAUUCUCCGUAGAAACAUCAUCAAACGAAACAAAGGAAAGCGCUCCAGCUACACCUUCAGGCAUGAACCCGAUUACAAAGAAGAUUUUAAUAGGCGCUGGUGUCGCUGUAGGGGCAGUCGGCGCCGUUGCUGCUGCUCCGCUUGUGUUGGCGGGCGCGGGAUUCACCUCCGGAGGCAUCGCAGCCGGAUCUUUCGCGGCUUCGAUGAUGUCCUCUGCUGCCGUUGCCAACGGAGGAGCCAUAGCCGCUGGAAGCACGGUUGCAGUCUUGCAGUCGGCUGGAGCAGCUGGUAUAAGCGCAGCCACCGCAGCUGGACUGGCCGCUGGCGGAGGCGCUCUCGGGGGGGCAACUGCUGUCGGGAUCAAUAAACUUGCGGAACAGAGCCCAAAAAAAGUAGACUAAUAAUGGUAAUGAGAAUGAAACUUGGGGAGACGAAGAGACGAACGAGAAGAAGGAAGUAGUAGAAAAUGAUAAGAAAGAAGGAAGCUUAAGGAAAGAAAGGGGAGGAAGGAAGAUUGGGAAAUGAUGAGGAACAAGAAAGAAAACCAGGGAAUGAUGAUAAGGAAGAUUAGGAAAUGAAGAAGAGGAAAAUAAAUAAGUACGUGACCAACGUACUUCAGGUCAAGUCUGUCGAUGGUGUUCAAUAUUCUCUCAUGGAUGUAUUUUAUCUUAUACCCAACUAUUUGUCCUGCGAUCAGUCAAACUAACAAGAAGUAAACGUCUGUAGUACGACAA